UCUGUUUUUAUCUUUUUAUUUCAAGCAGCCAAACUUGAAAUGCCAUUGCCAUUGCAAACUGAGUCCGAUAACAUCGUUUUUUGUCAGAUUGGAUCGUUUCAGUAGCUAAUUUGCAUGGUACUCUUUGUUGGGUAUCAGCACACGGACUAAAUUCAUUAACUAAAAGAAGGUGAGGUUCCAAAGGGAACUCGUUCAAAUAUUGCUUAAUCUGAGAAUUUCUUAAUGGGGGCUAUUCUGAGCUUGGCUGCUCCAAGGAGUUGGAUAAAUGACUGCAAUGAGGUCUCACUGAGUGAAACCUGCAAGAAACAGAAGAAGUCCCCGUACUUCGAUGAAGAUAGCUCAAGACUGAUUCCUUGUCUUCCUGAUGAGUUAUCAAUGCAGAUCCUUGCUCGACUUCCUAGAAUUCACUACUUAAAUUUGAGGUUGGUGUCGCAGAAGUGGAAGGCAACCGUUAUGAGCCCUCUGCUGUUUAAAUUGAGAAAAGAACUAGGAAUGACAGAGGAGUGGUUAUAUGUGUUAACUAAAGUUGAAGAGGAACAACCUCAAUGGCAUGCUUUGGACCCUUUGUCGAGGAAAUGGCAGAGGCUGCCAUCGAUUCCAAGCGUCAUUUGUGAAGAAGAAUCUAGGAAGAGUUUAUGGAACAUGGUGGGACCUAGCAUUAAAAUUACUGAAUUUAUAAGAGGCUGGCUUGGGCAGAAGGGUGGUUCAGAUCCCACACAAUUUUGUGGUUGUGCCAUUGGUUCUGUUGAUGGAUGUCUUUAUGUUCUAGGGGGAUUCUCUAGAGCUUCUACCAUGAGAAACGUCUGGCGGUUCGAUCCAAUUCUAAAUGCAUGGAGCGAAAUGACUUCCAUGUCAAUAGGUAGGGCCUACUGUAAGAUAAGCAUUUUAAAUAAUAAGCUAUAUGUCGUUGGAGGGGUUAGUCAAGGCCGAGGUGGAUUGAUUCCUCUUCAGUCUGCUGAAGUUUUUGAUCCCCACACUGGUACAUGGUCCCAAGUUCCAAGUAUGCCAUGCUCAAGAGCUCAUAUGUUACCUAAUGCCUUUAUGGCUGAUGUGCUGAAGCCUAUCGCCACUGGUAUGGCUUCAUACAUGGGAAGGUUAUGUGUAGCUCAGAGUUUAUAUUCUUGGCCCUUCUUUUUUGAUGCUGGGGGUGAGAUUUAUGAUCCUGAAACAAAUUCAUGGGCUGAUAUGCCAACUGGCAUGGGGGAGGGUUGGCCUGCAAAGCAGGCAGGUACGAAGUUGAGUGUUGUGGUAGAUGGUGAAUUAUUUGCUUGUGAUGCUUCCGCCUCUUUGGAUAGUGGUAUAAUAAAGGUGUAUGAUCAAAAACAAGAUGCUUGGAAAGUUUUCAUAGAAAAUGUCCCUAUUAAGGAUUAUGGUAAUUCAGAAUCUCCAUAUUUACUUGCUGGAUUUCAUGGAAGGCUUCAUGUUAUCACAAAAGAUGCCAAUCGUGACAUUGCUGUUCUGCAGGCUGAUCCACAGGAUAAUUUCAGCCCUUUGUUAUCAAGCUCAACUUCUCUUUCAGGUGGUUCCUUACCCAAAUUUCAUGAUUCACCGGCUGAAUCAGAACCAGUUAACUGGAAGGUUAUUGCAUCCAGAGAUUUUGGCACUGCUGAACUUGUCAGUUGUCAGGUUCUGGAUGUAUAGGUUUAUCAAGUAACAUGUUAGGGUGCAAUUCUAAGAUGUUUAUUGCCUGGAAUCUUCAGAAGUGAGUUCAGGGAAUUCAGCAAAUUCUAAAAUCUCUGUUAAUUGGUCAAAAUUAUAAAUCUUCCCUGUCUAGAAGAUCAUCAUCGAGUUUGUCAUUUGUUUUUGUGUCUCAUUGUCGGUCAUCUCAUGGAAUGUCCUUAGCUUCCAUGGAUACGUGGUGAUAUAUACAAUGAUCGACAUUCCUUUCAACGCGUAAAGGGUAGCGUUAUAGCAAUUCAAAGGAGAAUAAUACAAUAUCAGUAUAUCCUCUUGGUUUAGAUAUGAGCAUUAUCAUUAAUUUAAUCUGCACCAUCAUUCAAUAUAUCUGUGUAAUGCAUAUUUGUCACAAACUCCACAAAAAUGAAAAUCAAAUCAAGGAGUAGUAUAUAGCAGAGUUUACUUAUUGGUUACUAAUUGAUUUGGAGUCUUUUUUUGUCUGUUAAUUUGUGGUUUCUAUUCCAGCAGGUCCAGAUCUUUAAAUAGGGCUUCUUUGCUUUGAAUUUGGGGGGAAGAAACCUCCAAAUAGUUAUUUCUUUCUCUUUUUUUUUUUUUUUUUGGAUAAACCCAAAGUAAUUUGUGUUUGUCAAAUCUUUUUGAGUCCAAAUCAAACAGUAAUUGUAUUAUGGUUUGGGCUUUCUCGAAACAAAGAGGCCUAAAUUCAAGUAUAUUUCGGUUUGGCUUCUAAUUUCUUGU